AUGCACUUCCGUCUGACAUUCCAGACUCUGGUGGCGGGCGACGGAUUCUUUGAGAUGCGCAUCGAAAAAUUUCAGCUGGACGAGAACUUCCCAGCUUCGAAGUGUUGCCAUCAAGGAGGAGACGUGGCUGAUCAAUCCUUCACAGCAUGUCUCGCAAAAUGUCAAUUCCUCAUUCGUGUCUGUCUCGACAGAUACCAGACAGUCUGGAACGCCGACAGACUGCCCGAAUGUCCGAUGGGCAGCAAAACCGUCCCUCUUCCGCUGACUCAGCUCAAGAAACCGCUGGCUACCAUCGAUUUCCUCGUUCCGAGCAGGUGGCAGGAGAAUUUCACUCUCAUUCUGGACGUUCUUCAUGACGUCGGCGAGUCAGGUAUGAUUUGGCAAUCGAGAAAAAAGCAUCGAUUUUUGUUUCUCCUCAAGAUCAUCAUUCCAUACUUUGAGUUUCCUGAUUUCCACCUCGUAGCACCACCAAAGCUCAUCUUCCGACUUCCCUCGAAUGAAGUCAACGUUACCUCCUACCACCACUGGAAGGUGAAAUCCUUCGGUAGUCGGUCGUUUCCCAGCUACGCGCAGCCUCAAUCUCAAACGGCGCCCGCACAACGCGGAAUCGGCCUCAGCGUUCUCACGACGUUUAUUUUUAAAUGCGCACCGGGAUUCUUCGGUCCACUGUGCGAAGAUGAAUGCAACCAGCAUGGAAAUCAGCCAGGUGCCGCGGCAGAGUGUGAGUCAGAGCAGCCGCAGUGUCCGCAGGGCUACACUGGGCGGCAUUGCGACAUUCCGAUUUGCAGCCAGGGGUGCCAAAACGGCGACUGUGUGGAUCCAAACACCUGCAGCGAGUUUCUGUACAUUUGCAGAUGCCAUCAGGGUUGGAUUGGAGACGACUGCAGCACGUGUCAAGUUUAUCCCGGAUGCAAACACGGUGCAUGCUUGGUUGAUGCUGGAACAAAUCGACAACUCCCAUUCACAUGCGCGUGCAGUGACGGAUGGGGCGGAAUGCUCUGUGAUAUAGAUCUCCAAUUUUGUCAAAACAACAAAGGCGUCUGCAAGAACCAUGGGAAGUGUGAGAACGUGCGCAAUGCCAACGGCCAAUCGUAUCGCUGUGUCUGUGCCCCCGGCUUCAGGGGCGACCAUUGUGAAAUGCGGCAACUUGACUGUCUCAGCAGCGGGUGUCGAAACGGUGGUCAGUGCACCCAACACUUGGAUGGGCAGAGCCGCUGCAUUUGCCCGAAAGGCUACUACGGCAACUUGUGUGAGUUCAAUCAGACCGUCUGCUCGGAGCAUCCGUGCCAGGCCACGAAUUCCGUCUGUCAUCCUUUACCGAAGGCAACUAAUGGGCGACAGUUUUACUGCACCUGUCCACCGGGCUACACUGGCGACAACUGUGAAAUCAACAUCGACGACUGCGCCUCAAAGCCCUGUCAAAAUGGAGCCUUUUGCGAAGACCUCAUCAGCAGUUAUCGGUGCAUUUGUCCAUCUGGAUUCUCUGGAAUUUGGUGUGAGAAGCACGAAACCGAAUGCCCUCCAAAACUGUGUCCACAAGGCUCCAGUUGCUUCAAGACGGAGGGCGGUGCCUUCAAGUGCUCACCCAUAAAUGCAGCCACCCCCCAAAAGCUCACGAGUCCUCUGGUCGCCAACGUGACCCCAUCGACGCCCACGGAUGCUGUUUCCACUGAAAAGAGCAACGUCGUCAUGGUGCAUCUGCAGCCCUCCUUUCUGACCUUGACGGUCGGCAUUCCGGUGGCGGUGGCUUUGUCUGGCCUUGUCCUAGCGAUAGCAGUGUGCCUCUUCAUGGUGGCGUGCGUGUGGAGAAGGGAAAAAAAUCGAUCCAAGGGGAAACCGCCGCCACAGAGCUUCUUUCCGAAGCUCUCACUUGAGGACGACGUGAACGGCUACGGCUCGGAGACGUCGACGAUCUGGUCCGCCUACGAGCCCCUCAACCCCACCCGAUCCAAGGACACUGGCCUACCCAAACUCUCGCUCUAUCCGAAGUUCAAGGUCAACGACAGAGCCAAGCCGUCGGAACCCUCGUUGUACGACCAGAAGCGCUAUUCUGAGGCUCCCGGUGGACGUCCCUACUCAAUCCACGUCUCCCCGACCCUCACCUAUGAGCAGCCGGGGGGAUACGAUGAGACCCGUGUGCCAACGCUCCCCCCGCGACCAGCCAAGGCGGGACCCCUUGUCACGUACUCGUCCACCCUCCUCAGACCGUUUUUCUAUCCUCUAACCCCACAGACUUUGUUCUCUGGACAACGAUUUCUCAAUCCGCCACCGGAGGUGUCGUAUGCAGACCUCUCUAAUGGCAUGAAAAGGCACAAGGACACAAUCGUCUACACUCUGCUAAGGCCCAAUAAAAUGCACCAGAGCUUCUACACAGACCCUUCAUCCGGGAAGCAGCCCUCAAAUAGCGGUGGCAACGGUGCCGACAAGACAACAUGCGGUCGUCAACACAGCAACCAUCCACACUUGGCGCUGAUCGAGACGAAGCGCGUUGGAGACUUCCAAAAUAGCCGGGGGCACAAGAAGGAUUUCUCACUCCCUGCCCUUAUCUGA